AUGGAUUUCGACUAUUUAAAUGUAGACCCUCGCGAAGAGGCCAAGAAGCACAAGCUUAAGCGUCUUAUCCAAAGCCCAAACUCAUUCUUUAUGGACGUGCGCUGCCCCGGAUGUCUCACUAUUACGACCAUUUUCUCACACGCACAGACUGCCGUCAUUUGCGGAAGCUGCAACAUUGUUUUGAGUGAGCCUACUGGAGGUCGCUGCAGAUUGACAAAGGGUUGUUCCUUUCGCAAAAAGGUGGAGUAA